AUGGACGUCGAGACCGGCUCUACGCUCAGCGCGUCCCAUGGUGUUGUCGCAAGAGGAUACAAGAUCGGGCCCGUCGUCUUGCCGGCGUACAGGUCGCCGCUUGCUCAGACCAUCGUCAUCGGCUUCGUGUGUUUUCUCGUUGUCGGCAUGUUCAAUGUCCUAGCAUCCCUUGGUGGUGCAGGACAGUUGACCGCCGAUCUUUCCAACAAAUCCAACAUCAUUCUGUACUCGAUCUUCGCCGGUUUAGCCCUGGUCUCUGGGUCCGUUUGCAACUACCUGGGUCCUAAGAUCACUCUGGCGAUUGGUGGUGUGGGAUAUGCCUUGUACGCAGCGUCCUUUUGGUGUUACAAUCACACCUCAAACGAUGGCUUUGUCCUGUUCGCAGGAGCAGCUUGCGGUUUCUCUGCAGCUUUCCUCUGGACCGCCGAAGGAACGAUGUUGAUGUCCUACCCGACCGAAGAUCAGAAGGGCCGCUACAUCAGUCUCUUCUGGACCAUCUGGAGUAUGGGCGCCGUUAUCGGUAGCAUCAUUCCCACAGCGCAGAAUUGGUCCAACACCUCAGCUGGCAGGGUCAACGAUGGCACUUACAUUGCCCUUUUUGUGCUGAUGCUGGGGGGUUCCGUCCUCGCAAUGUUCCUGGUCCAUCCAAGCAAGAUUGUCCGAGACGACGGGACGAAGGUGUAUGUGGUUAAGCACGCAUCACUAUGGACCGAACUGAAGAACGUGGUCAAGUCGGUUAAGGUUGAGCCGUGGAUCAUCCUCUUCUUCCCGUACGCUUUUGCAGGACUCUGGUAUGGCGUAUAUCAGAGUAACGACUACAACGCCUACUUCUUCGACGUGCGCACCAGAUCGUUCAACUCCAUCUGGUACAAUGUCGCUCAGAUGGUUUCGGCGGGUCUGCUGGGUCUCUUCCUUGAUAUCAAGUACUUCAACAGACGCAGUAGAGCCUUGUUGGGGUGGUUGCUCAUGUUCGUCAUCUUCAAUGCUGUCCUCAUUGGCGGUAUCUUUCCUCUCCGAAAAUCGAGCCGAGAUCAUCCUGUGACGAAGGUUCUCGACGUCAAAGACAGCGAGGCAGGAGGAUAUAUUGCCCUGUACUUCUUCUAUGGGUUUCUCGAUGGCGCUUGGCAAUGCUAUGCUUACUGGAUUAUGGGCACACUGUCCAACGACCCUUUAGUGCUCAGCAUGUACGGCGCCUUCUACAAGGUCUUCGGUGCGGCUGGAAGUGCCAUUGUGGCAAGCCUUGACGAGGACAAGAAAUCGUAUGUCACCAUGUUCGGAUCAUACUGGGGUCUGACGGCCGGGUCUCUUCUGGUCUUGUUGCCUUUGGUGCUCAAGCGUGUCACUAAUACGAGUAUCACCGUUGAAGCGGCGAGCUCCGUCAAGAUGGUCGGUGCCGGAGGCAUGCAGGGCGGAGUGGCUGUUGGCGUGGACAUGGAGAUCCAGGGUGAAGAGAAGGAGUUGCAGGCGGCCAAAUGAAGAAUGGACCAGGUAUGACCGGCAUCACAUCAUCAUGACGACCGGGAUGGUAGCUCGGGGGUGGCUCACCAGGUUCAGUGUGGCUAUGGGAAUUACUGGAGCACCGUCAGAUCUAGGCAUCGCCAGCCACCUAAACCCUGGUGAGCCCCUGCUUUAGGCAUGAGAUGU